UCUAAAGAUGUCAACCGAGACUUGUCUUCCUCCAAACAGUGAGAUGGUACCAUCGUCUCAUGGCAAGUGUACAACCAGUCAUGAACCGAGACUUGUCUUCCUUCAAGCGCACAAUGAACACCUUGGCAGUCUCAAGUGAUGUUGCAUUCUUUAACAUCACUCUCAGGUUCUGGAUCCGAAGGAAUGAUGAAACAAGGGAACAAGGGAAAUUUAAGCCUCAUACCGAUUUACCUCGUUUGCAAAGUUUCUAUCUAGACUAUUACCAGAAAAACGUCAUGGAUGUGAUCAAGAUCAUUGGCAACCAGUAUACAAUUUUGAAAGAAAUUGAGUCAAGUGCACACAGUGCUGCUAUUCGUGCCAUCCAUGCUGCCCUUCCCCCCCAUAAAAUUAACGGGGAUUCCCGAAAACAAGCUGACAGUUACAUUCAACAUGCAUGUGACACUGCUGGUGUUCUCUUCAGAGUCUUGGAGCUUCUUUCGGAAGAUGUACAACUUCCUUCUGAGUUUUUGGAAGCCGACGCUGAUGUGAAACAACUAGCUGAAAUCUUCAGGCCUUAUAACAUUAUUCCCCUCUAUAUUUGUGGAAAAUAUUCUAUGAAGAGACUACCUGAGUUACAAGCUGCUAUAGACGCACUAUCUUUCCCAUUGUGCACUAUCUUGCCCUUGCGGGUUGCUUAUAACCCCAGCCCAGCCCGAGACAGCGAAGACCUGCCUGCCGUGUUUGAGAUCAGUCCACGAGAACCCAUAUUAUCAUUAUUAUUUUCUUCCAUAUUAUCAUUAUUUUUUUCUUCAGUUUUUUUUUUCCUACUUUUUAGUAUUGAUUAUACUUUUCAUUAUAUCGUCUCUUACUUGCGAUUAAAAAGGUGUCGUUUAACUACUAUGUAAACUUUGGUUAUGACUGGAACGUCUCAUAU